AUGGAUGAAGCCAAGAGUUACAUUACACUUGAAGACCUAAGAACCCACAACAAACCAGGGGAUCUGUGGAUCUCCAUACAGGGCAAGGUCUACGACGUCUCAGACUGGACCAAAGACCAUCCCGGCGGCUCUCUUCCUCUUUUCACCCUCGCCGGCCAAGACGUAACCGACGCUUUUGUCGCCUACCACCCUGGCACAGCCUGGCAACACCUCAACAAAUUCUUCAAUGGACACUACCUAAAAGACUACGAAGUCUCAGAGGUCUCCAGAGACUACAGAAAUCUCCACUCGAAUUUCUCCAAAAUGGGUUUGUUCGAGAAAAAGGGCCACGGCCUAUUCAUCUCCUUCUGCUUCAUAGCAAUAUUGUUUUCAGUUAGCGUUUAUGGCGUCUUGUGCUCUGAAAGCACUUGGGUUCACUUGCUCUCUGCUGGGUUAAUAGGGUUUUUGUGGAUUCAGAGUGGGUGGAUUGGGCAUGAUUCGGGUCAUUACCAGGUUAUGCCGACCAAAGGGUUGAACCGAUUUGCCCAGAUUCUUACCGGAAACUGCCUUGCCGGAAUCAGCAUUGCGUGGUGGAAUUGGAACCACACAGCUCACCACAUUGCCUGCAAUAGUCUAGAUUUCGACCCAGAUCUCCAGCACUUGCCUCUAUUUGCGGUAUCUUCUAAAUUCUUCUCCUCCCUAACUUCAUAUUUCUAUGAAAGGAAGAUGAGUUUUGAUCCUAUUGCUAGAUUCUUAGUCAGUUACCAACACUGGACAUUUUACCCCGUUAUGUGCUUCGCUAGAAUCUAUUUGUUUGCUCAGUCAUUCAUAUUGUUGUGCUCUAAGAGAAAAGUGCCCAAUAGGGGUCAGGAGAUUGCAGGGUUAGUUGUGUUCUGGAUUUGGUACUCUCUUCUAGUUUCCUUCCUGCCCAACUGGGGGGAAAGAAUAAUGUUUGUGAUUGCUAGCUUUGUGGUUUCCGGGAUUCAACAUGUUCAAUUUUGCUUGAACCAUUUCUCUUCCAGUGUCUAUGUUGGUCCACCAAGUGUCAAUGACUGGCUUGAGCUGCAAACUCGUGGGACUUUGGACAUUACGAGCCCGUCUUGGAUGGAUUGGUUCCAUGGUGGGCUUCAGUUUCAGGUGGAGCACCACUUGUUUCCGAGGUUACCUCGGUGCCAUCUGAGGAAGAUCUCUCCAAUUGUGAAGGAGCUCUGUAAGAAGCACAAUUUGCCUUAUAAUAGUGCGCCAUUUUGGAAGGCCAAUGCAUUGACAAUGAGGACUCUUCGGAAUGCUGCCUUGCAGGCUAGAGAUCUCACUAGCCCAGUUCCGAGGAAUUUGGUCUGGGAAGCUGUGCAUACACACGGAUGA